AUGCUAAGAAAUGAACACAAACCCAAUUACGUGACAGUUUUAUGCAUUAUAAGAGCUGUCGAAAAAUGGGAGCCUAUGGUCAAAGGAAUUCACGGGUUCACAAUCAAAAUGGGAUUUGAAUUGGAACUGCCCGUUGUGACGGCUCUUGUUGGUGUUCACUCUAUUUGGGAUAUGGAUACCGCAUGGAAAUUAUUUGAUCACACAAGUGGCAAAGAUGUAAUUUUGUGGAGUGCAAUGGUUUCAGCUUGUGUGAAGAAUGGAGAGUACGUAGAGGCUGUUGAGCUUUUCAGGAAAAUGCUAUCCUUUGGUGUGGAACCAAAUUAUGUUAGCGUUGUGGGGAUUGUCCCUGCUUGUGCCAAUCUUGGUGCUUUGAAAGUUGGAAAAGAAAUUCAUGCUUAUUCAAUAAAAAGUUUGUUUAUUUCUCAUGUUAAUAUCCAAAAUUCCCUUGUGGAUAUGUAUGCUAAAUGUUGGAGUUUGAAGGCUUCCCUAACUGUUUUUCACGGAAUAGAGAAGAAGGAUCUUGUUUCAUGGAGGACUAUGAUUCAUGGAUGUGUAGAAAAUGACAGUUUCAGUGAAGCUUUGAGUUUAUUCUCUGAAAUGAGGUAUUGUUGCUUUGAGCCAGAUGAGAGUGUUAUUCGCGAAGUAAUUGGAGCAUUGUCACAAUUGGAUGAGAUUAAAAUUGGGCAGUGUUUUCACAGCCUCGUGCUCAAGCAGGGAUAUUCGAGAUCUGUUUCGGUAGUAACUGCUCUUCUUCACAUGUAUGGUGGUUUUGGUGAUAUUCAGUCGGCCAGGAGUCUGUUUGAUCACCUGAAACCAAAAGAUCUUAUUGCCUGGAGUACGAUGAUUGCAGCAUAUGCCCAAAGCGAACUGCCUAGUGAUGCGUUUCAUAUAUAUCAGCAGAUGCGAUCAGCAAAUGAGAAGCCUAACGAGAUCAUCUAUGUCAGCCUAUUACGUGCUUGUUCUUCGAUGGCUGCUGAAGAGAUUGGAGAAGGUAUACACGCACAAGUGGUAAAAAUUGGAAAUACAUCAAAUGCCUUUUUGAUAUCCUCACUUAUUGACAUGUAUUGCAAAUUUGGACGCAUAAGCCAAGGGGAGGCAAUUUUCAGUGAAUGUCCUAGCAAAGAUCUUAUUUGUUGGAGCUCAAUGAUCAAUGGUUAUGGAAUUAAUGGGCAUGGAAAUGAGGCUCUUCAGUGUUUCUUAGACAUGUUAAACACUGGGAUUAAACCAAAUGAUGUUGUUUUCAUUUCUGUUCUAUCUGCCUGCAGUCAUUGUGGUCUUGAGUAUGAGGCAUGGAACUGGUUUUAUGCAAUGGAAGAGAGAUUCAGUGUUACUCCAAAACUUGCACAUUAUGCGUGCAUGGUUGAUAUGCUUAGUCGUCAAGGCAAUGUAGAAGAAGCUCUUGAAUUCGUCAACAACAUGCCUGUUGAACCUGAUAAGCGGAUAUGGGGAACUCUGCUUGCUGGCUGUAGAAAGACUUGCAUAUCAAUUGAAAUAUGUGAGAUCGUUGCCAAAAGGCUCAUUGCUUUAGACCCAGAAAAUACAAGCUCUUUUGUGAUUCUGUCUAACUUAUACGCAGAGCAGGGAAGAUGGAAAGAGGUAGAACAGUUGAGGCAACUCAUGGAUGAGAAGAAUUUGAAGAAAGACUUCGGUUAUAGCUUAAUUGAAACGAGUCUGUAG